CCGACUUGUUUACACGUCUUAAAUCGAUUUGAUUCUUCGCGGUGUUAUUGUGGACCGAAAAUUUUGUCAAAAAAUAACCAUUUGCAAUUAACCAAGUCCUGAAAAAAUGUGGUUUUGGCCGAAAAUUGAAAAAAUUUUGAAACCCCCCUAGCGGCGUUUUCCUAAACUAAUUGCGACAGGUACGCAAAGUCACGCCUACAUAAAGAACAAUCAGCUGAUUGUGAAAAUGUAAUCGAAAAUAAUUGUUGAUUGUGGGGAAAAGUCUAAUAAAUCAUUUGUGCGUAAUUGUAUUUAAUGAGUCAGUGAAAUUCGUUGACUAUGGCCAACAACACCAGCGGGGCUUCCCACAACUUUAAGGUUGUCUUGUUGGGGGAGGGUUGUGUGGGGAAAACCAGCUUGGUACUUAGGUAUGUGGAGGAUAAAUUCAACACGAAUCAUGUAACAACGGUCCAGGCUUCGUUUCUCAACAAAAAACUAAAUAUUGACGGCAAACGCAUAAAUUUGGCGAUUUGGGACACUGCAGGUCAGGAGAAGUUCCACGCCUUAGGCCCUAUUUAUUACAGAUCGUCAAACGGUGCAGUGUUGGUGUACGAUAUCACUGAUGAAGAUUCGUUUCAGAAAGUCAAAAGUUGGGUGAAGGAAUUGCGGAAGAUGUUGGGGGCUGAUAUAUGUCUAGUGAUUGCUGGAAAUAAGACUGAUCUUGAGAAGAACCGAAACGUUAGCUUGGAAGAAGCCGAAGCCUAUGCGAUUAAAGUGGGAGCGAUACAUUUUCAAACGUCGGCAAAAUUGAAUAAAGGCGUUGAGGAGAUGUUUCUCGUUCUGACGCAGAAAAUGUUAGAGACUGUUGAAGAGAAAGAAGCGCAAAAUGCGCCCUUGUCUAGACAGAAUUCGCAACGUCGCAAUGUUGUUGUUGUUGACGAUGAUCAAGUUCCUCCACCACCCACAAGACAAUGUUGUAGCAAUUCGUAAAUUUGUGUUGUUAUUUUUUGUAUAUAAUUUCGUUUUAAGUCAAAAAAUGUAACGAGAGAGUCAAGGUUGUAAUUUGGAGCUUCCUCCAAAUAAUGCUUUAUAAGAAUAAACCCAAAUAUGUACAGAA